ACAGAAAGAGAAUCAGAAAGUAAAAAAUAUCUACGAAAGGAAUAUAUAGGUUAAAGGAAAUAAAUAAUGAGAAAUUAUAACGUUCACUUACCCUUUCCUGUGAUCAUUUAUCCAUUAUUAUUCGAACUAAAUUUUUAUCAAAUUCUUAUAUAAAAAAAAAAAAACUUGUGCCAAUAUAUUUUUGCAAUGUUGUAUUAUUACAAUGUCAUGUUUUAUUCUAUCGAGUUCUCAACAAGUUGUUUAAUUCGAUCAAACUGUUGAUAACAAUCCUGUAAAUAGUAGAGCGCGAUUUUUCGUUGCAUUAUACAUUAUUUUGAUAAUUUAUAUAUUUUACGUAUAAAGCAAAGGUUGUUUCCUCCCCCCCCCUUCAAUAGAAGCACUAAUUAAUGCUGUGCAUUACCCUCUUCCCUCUAGCCCCCUAAAAAAAAAAAAGAAAACAAGAAAAAGAAAAGAGAAAUAUUGAAUGUGUGCUCUUUCUUGCGAGUUACUAUUAUUCCUUUCGCUUUUAAACAAUAAAUCAUACUGUUGUCUUUCAUAUAAAUACAUAUAUGCAUAGUUUGAAGUCAGCAGUAAUAUCACAUAAUCUCUUUUUGGUUGUUUUUAAUACUCUAAGAUUAUAAAGACAUAUGUCAUGUAUUUUGUUUAUACUUCUUUCUCUACAAUCACUUUAGAUUGUAAUCGAUUAUUAUAUCUAAAACAAUAUACAUCACUAUCUAUUAUAUUUUUGUGCGCAUCUAAAAUAACCUUCCGAUUGUAACCGCGAAAGUUCUCAUUUCAUUGACAAUAGAAUACAAAGCUCGUUAUCAGUUAUAGUAUUACUGUAUAUUAUUAACGAUUAUCAAGAAAAUAUUUAAUAAUUUUAACUACUUCUAUUUCGAAGGUGAUAUGCAUAAAUCAUUCGUGAACUGAUGAACAUCAAACAAGGCAAUAAAAAUGGUGCACACUCACAUUACGAAAUACACCACUAGAUCACGCUGGAAACAGUAAUGGCUGCCGCCAUUUGACGAUCAGAAAGGAAUUUACACUUUUGUUUCCAUUUUUAGAAAAAUGAAGUACAAUUACGUAUAAGUUAAUUAACAAGACUGAUACAAACGAGGAAUGACUUGCUAUAGUAUUAUAUCAAUUAGAAAGUAUAAGUGACAUUAAAGAUUUUAAAGUAAAUAAAUAUUUUACGACCGGCACUUCAAGCAUAAUUCAAAAUUUCUUAUCGAUUUUUAAUUAUUGAGCAAAGAAUCAAACAUAAUGUGUUCGACAACAUUGGAAAAAGUAGAAUUACACGCAGAUGUGUAUAUGGUAUGUCUGCACCAUGCUUUGUCAACAGAAAUAUUUGAAGUAAUGGGUUUACUUAUUGGAAAUUGCGUUAAAGGUAUAGCAAAUAUAUCUGCUGUUAUGAUUUUGCACCGUUUAGACAAGAAAAAAGACCGUGUAGAAAUAUCUCCUGAACAAGUAUUAAAAGCAGCUGCGGAAGCUGAACGUUUAACUGAUGAAUUAAAUCGUACCAUGCGAGUUCUUGGAUGGUAUCAUUCCCACCCCCAUAUUACUGUGUUUCCAUCUCACGUAGACGUAGGAACUCAAGCAACUUAUCAAACAAUGGAUUCCGGUUUUGUAGGUUUAAUAUUUUCAGUAUUUUCUGAAACCAAGGAUUCAAAGGAACAAGAAAUAUCUUUGAUUUGUUUUCAAUCUCACGAUGGGAAAUGUAAAGAAGUUCCACUAGAAAUUAUAUAUACCCCAGAAUUAUCAGAUAUAUGUUUGAAAACAAUGACAGAUAUACCAAAAAUUUUGGUGCAAGAAGAAGAAGAUACAGCAGAUGCUGGUAAAAAUCAUCCAGAUAUUCUUGCUACUAUACAUAAUAAUGCUGUCAAAACUCGUGCACUUCUUCAUAUCACAGAUAUUAUUACUAGACCUUUAGUACUUACAUUUGAGGAAAGAAUAGCUUUAAAUACAUUACGUGCGGCAUAUCUUCGAAAACAAAUAUCAGAGUUACAGCAACUCUGUAAAGGCUAAAAUUCAUAAUAUUAACAAUCAUCCCCAUAAGAAAAAAAUAAUAAACCAGAUGAUGCGAGUCCUAUGUACUAUUUCUAAUGUUUAAUAUUAAUCGAUUAUAAAUAAAGUUUACGCUAUUUUCAUGUU